AUUAAAACGACAUAAAUAUCAAAAUGCAAUAACUAACUAUAUAUAAUUUGCUCAUAAAUAAAUAAAAAACUCUCGCCAGUAUAAAACCUUUCUAGCCCUACUUCUUCUACUCCCUUUUUCUUACUCAGUCCUCACUGAUCUGCAAUUCAAACACAGCACAUGCACAACACUCUCUUUUAUACAAGCUUAGAAUCUAUGGAAUCUAUGUUAGCUUGAUCUUAACCACACCACCGUUAAGACAAAAGGAUCAUCUACUUGGUUCUUUUUUUCCCAUGAGGUGAGGUGAUAGUGCAAUAUUAAUUAGGGUUUAAGAAGAUCAAAUAAAGGUGGAUCGAAGGCAUGGAAAGAGGCCACUACCCUUGGAAAUACUGGAGGAGAAAGAAGAAGAAGAAGAAGAAGAAGCUACUGCUGCUUACCAAUCAGUUCUGAGCGAGAAAGAUACGUUGACCAUGGUUUCGGCUCUCACCCGUAUUAUUGGAACCACUCAAACUCAUGACCAUAACCUUAAUGUCCCGGCUGUACCGGUGCAAUCAACUACUGCAUCCGCUAUCUCCGACCAUCGCCCAUCUCAUGCCACGCAACAUCAAGGAGGAGGAGGAGGAGGAGGAGGAGGAGGAGACAUGAUAAGGAGAAAACAUUACAGAGGAGUAAGACAAAGACCAUGGGGAAAAUGGGCAGCAGAAAUACGGGAUCCAAAGAAAGCAGCCAGAGUAUGGCUGGGGACCUUCGACACCGCGGAGGAUGCAGCACUUGCAUACGAUGAAGCUGCUCUGAGGUUCAAAGGCACCAAAGCCAAGCUCAAUUUCCCUGCAAGACUUCAAUUUCAAGGGAUCACCGACGACCACGUCUCCUCUGGCCAUUACUUCUUCAAUACUAGUCAUCAUGAAGCAGGGGAUCAUUCCACCAUUAAUAUUACAAUUCCCAAUUCCACCAGGCCACCUCCUGUUCCUCCUAUGUCUAUGUCCAUGUCCAUGUCCACGUCGAUGGGACAACAAGAGAGUUAUCCAGACCUACUUCAGUAUGCACAACUUCUUUCUAGCGAUGAUGCUGAAUUCCCUUAUUUCACUUCAGCUCUCUAUAAUCAACAACAACAACAAUUCUAUGUUUCGCCCUCUUCCACAAGUGCACCACCAUUUUCCUCCAUUACCUCAGAUCCUCAACAACAACAACAACAACAACAACAACAACAACAACAACAGGGGCUUUUGAAUUCUUCAUCGCAGUCGGGAAGCUCCUCUUCUACUUCUGAUUUUCUCAAGCAUGGGAAGCACUUCGGUUCUACCUAGUAACCCCUGCGCAACUACCCGACUCAGUAGCCUACCGUCUUCAAGAUUUUAUGUGUGCGUGAGGGAGACAAGAUCUAUAUCACCACUCUAGCUUAUUAGUAAGUGAGUAGAAUUGUAAAUAUUUUUGGCGAUUGCAAGUAUUAUUGGCAAUUGCAAGUGUUAGUAUGAUAUUGUUUUAUCGUGUUUUGUUUUUGAGUUUUGCAUUUUCAAUUGCUAUGAAAAAUUUGAGAACAAUAGAAUGGCUGCACGACGGCACAAGAUCGAUCAAAAGAGACGUUUAUUGAUCAGUUUGUUGAUUGGUGGCAAUGAUAGGAUUUGGAGUUUGUUGUUAUUUGGAGUUAUACUUGAUGACUCUCUCAUCUCAUCAUGAAUCAUGUUCUUCUCCAAAGUAUUAUUGGCAAUGUCUUGCAUCGUUCCCAAAAUUGAAGAUUUUUUUUUCCUAUUCAAAUUCCAUUGUAGGCUUUUGGAAGCUGUAUCAUUAUGUCAUUUCGCGGACUACUGAAAAAUGACACUACAAUAUUGAAGUUUUCAGUUUUAAUACUA